CGUAGGCAGUAUUUCGCUUAGAGAAAUUGCUGGAGAGGAAACGCGUGUAGUCACGCCUAGCUUUGUUUAGUCCGGAGUUCAUUCGUUUUUCCUUUGUAUUUCAGUUGUUUAUAGUGGGCGUUUGUAGUAGUAACAGCGUGUACAGUUAGCGAAACAUUUUUUGCUAAAUUAAGGUGUUAUUUUCCUCGUCGUGUGCUAGUGGUUUGCUAGUUGUGUUUGACUUAGCUUUAGCUCGUGCUUUAAUUCUAUAUUAGAGGAGUCGUUUAAAGAGGCAGAGUUUCUUUUUAGAUGGCAAGCUUUCCAGACUGUGUAAACGAAAAUGAAAUAGCUAAAGCUAAGUUCAUAGGGGAACUUUUACCUCCUGUGGCUCCCUUUGACCAGAAGUCAGGACGGGAGACAUGGACUGUGGCUUUUGCUCCUGAUGGUUCUUAUUUCGCUUGGUCUCAAGGACAUCGCAUUGUGAGGCUCGUACCAUGGACAAAAUGCAUAAACAACUUCUCUUUGAGAAAGGAGGAGCGACUAAACGGUGUAGGACCCAGACAUCUGUCUCGACAGGGCAGUGACAGUGGCCUGGUGCCAAGUGGGCCUCGAGAGCACACGAUCGACUGUGGGGACAUUGUAUGGGGGCUGGCAUUUGGCUCCUCUGUCCCAGAGAAGCUGAGCCGCUGUGUAAACAUUGAGUGGCACCGCUUUCAAUUCGGCCAGGACCAGCUACUACUGGCUACUGGCCUCAACAAUGGUCGCAUUAAGAUCUGGGAUGUGUACACAGGAAAACUUUUGCUCAACCUGAUGGAUCACACAGACAUUGUGCGUGAUCUAACAUUUGCUCCUGAUGGCAGUCUGGUGCUUGUAUCAGCUUCCAGAGACAAGACACUGCGUGUCUGGGACCUUAAGGAUGAUGGUAACAUGAUGAAAGUGCUGCGAGGCCAUCAGAACUGGGUUUACUGCAGCGCAUUCUCUCCAGACUCUUCCAUGCUGUGCUCUGUGGGUGCCGGCAAAGCGGUGUUCUUGUGGGACAUGGAUAAGUAUACUCUGGUUCGUAAGCUGGAGGGCCACCAUAACGACGUGGUGUCCUGCGAGUUCUCACCUGACGGAGCCCUGCUGGCCACGGCCUCCUAUGACACCCGCGUCAUUGUGUGGGACCCUCAUACGGCCACUGUACUGCUCGAGUUGGGGCACCUCUUUCCCCCUCCUUCCCCUAUAUUUGCGGGGGGAGCAAAUGACCGCUGGGUUCGCUCUGUAGCCUUUUGUCACGAUGGCCGGCAUAUUGCCAGCAUCACUGAUGAUCGAUUGGUGCGAUUCUGGAGCAUUGAAGAAAAGUCACCACAGGCCAUUGCCUCGCUCACGAAUGGUCUUUGCUGUGCCUUCUCUACAGACGGAAGCAUUUUGGCUGCUGGUUCACGUGACGGCAGCGUCCAUUUUUGGGAGUGCCCGCGCAGUAUUCCUAGCCUUCAACAUUUGUGUCGAAUGGCGUUGCGAAGAGUGCUGUCCACGCAGCAGGUCUACACACUGUCCAUCCCGAAUUGCAUGCAGGAAUACCUGGCCUAUAGAAGUUUUUAGUCCAGUAUGCGCACCACUGCACACUGUCCAAGUCUUGUGACAGCUUUUCUAAUAAAAAAAAAUUAAAUAAAAUGGACCAAAAAAAUUUCAUAAAACAAAGAAGCAAAAAGGCAGGAGGUAUGUUAAUUGUUGAAACAGAGAUUCUAUGCUGCACUUAAUAAGGUCACUGUUUUGGGUUUAUAUUGUUAUAAACACGCUUGCUGUUCCUUGUCUGAUGAUUUUGUAAAGCAGUUCCUACACCUCACUCAUAUCAGGCAGUGGCCUUUAGACAGCCUUAUCAUCUGAGUCACUUUUUUCUUCCUUUCUCUGUCUCUCAAUCUCUUGCAAAACAAGAUGGUGCAACAUUAAAAAGCUGAGAUGUCCUUUUUUUUCUGGCUGCAAUUGGGAAUAAAUGAUACGUUGGCUGAAAUGGUGCUGCAGCUCCGAGUGUGAAUACAUGAAGCGUAUGGUUUUUAUUAAUAUUUAGAGGUGGAUUAGGUUGUGUGAUGUAUGUUAUGGGAUAUUUUAUUAGAGCAGGGUUGUUGGCGGUUUCUCCACUUUGUGUGCCUGUUAUGCAGCAGACUCAUGAUGCUGUUUGCCUCAAUAUCAGCCUUUAACGUCCAACACUCUGUAACAAUAUAAUAGUGAUUAUACCCUCUCGGACUGUAAAUUCCUACCUGUACAGAAUUUUUUUUAAAUGUUUGUAAAUGUUGUAUCUAUAUUUGCUUUUUUAUGUUUUUUUUUUCUAUUCUUUAAGAGUAAAACUGUAUGACUUAUUAUGUUAUGCAUAUUACUCUUUGCUGUGAAACUCCAUGCAAGUCUUAAGUGUAGGGGAGACUGCAAGUGGGCUUUAGAGUGGGUGAAUGGUUAAUAGCUUCUAAACCAUCAAAAGCACAACCAUUUUCCUUCUCUUAAUCGAAAACCUCUAUAAUGGUUGGUGGGCUGCCUAUAUUUAUUGUGUAUUUAUAUGCAAUGAGCUUGUUAGCCAUGAUACAGAUCUCUUAAGAUUGCACCCGUGUUUCAUCUGCAUUUAGAUCCGUUAGGGUUUUGCUAUCCGAGUUCAUCAUCUACCUCCUGAAUUAGCUCUAGUAUCAAGUUGUAGAGGUCAGUGCAAGCUUUAGCUUUACGACUGAUUGUGUGGAUGGCGGCGCUCUCGUUUUAGCUGAUUUGAACUUGUGAAAGUGAGAUGAAAGAGAGUUGUUUUUAGACUGUGAGACCAACGUUGUUGCUUUUUGUACAUGCGGACAAAGAAUGUUGGCAAUAAAAUGCAGUUGUAGCUGUUUGAAGCUAACACCAAAGAGCUCGCUGGGUUCUUUAUAGUCUGUCUGACACACAGUAUUAUUUCUUUCCUCCUCCCUUACUCCCAUCUAUUUUUGGCUAAAACUUGAAGUUAUAAAUAUGUAUGGCAGUUUUGUGCUUGUAAAACAAUGCUAAAUAUUAGGCCUUCUGUUAACCAAGUCUUUUGUUCUGUAAAUCUGGGAUGAAUGCAUUUGGCACUUCAGAUAUUCAGUACUUUUAGCGGUUCACAUUGUUAUUUUCACUUCAUUUGCAAUGCUGUAUUCAAUAUUAGCAUCUGAAGUAGUCAAAAGAAUGUAUUUUUCUUUCCUGAUUUCUAUAUUUUUGCAUUUGUAGUUCAAAUAAAAGCUUAUUUCAAAUAAAA